CCGCUGUAUUUUGACAAGCUCGCCGAUGGUGUGGUGAUGCAAAUUUCGGAACCGGGACUGUCCAUGGUGUCAUCAUGCAAUAUAAUCCAUUACCGAACCUCACUUAUCUCGGACACCAUCAUUUCCGCCGUCACGGAUAAGCUUUCAUUUACCAGUGUGAGGCGCCAAGAUCUCGUUGACUGGGCUAUGAGAGACGAAUCAACGUUUUCUCCAGUCCAAGACAAGCCAAGUUUACCGCAAAACUCAAAGCUGGCUAUUGUCGGCAUGGCAUGUCGCCUGCCGGGGGGCGCUGAUACUCCUGAGCGAUUCUGGGAAUUAUUAGUGGACGGCCAUGAUACUCACACUGUCAUCCCCUCGGACAGAUUCGAUCUCGAUGCGCAUUUCGACCCCAAUGGCGAAAGAGAGAACACUGUCGGGACAAAAUUCGGUAAUUUCAUAGCACACCCCGGGCACUUCGAUGCCGGCUUCUUCAAUAUGUCACCACGCGAGGCUGAACAGACAGACCCUAUGCAGCGUCUAGCACUCGUCACUGCCUAUGAGGCGCUCGAGAUGGCCGGCUUCGUGCCCAAUCGGACGCCUUCCUCUCACAUCUCGCGGGUUGGGACCUACUACGGCCAGGCCAGCGACGACUACCGCGAGGUAAACGCAAGCCAGAAGGUUGGCACCUACGGAAUUCCUGGUACUGAGCGGGCCUUCGGCAACGGUCGCAUUAAUUACUUUUUCAAUUUUCAGGGGCCCAGCUUUAACAUCGACACGGCGUGCUCAAGCGGCCUGGCCGCAGUUCAUGCUGCCUGUUCGGCGCUGUGGGCUGGUGAGGCUGACACUGUAGUGGCCGGGGGUCUUAACGUCAUUACGAAUCCAGAUAUCUACUGCAUGCUAAGCAAAGGGCACUUCUUGUCCAAAACCGGCCAGUGUAAGGUGUGGGACGCUGGAGCCGAUGGCUACUGCCGGGGAGACGGCGUUGGUUCUGUAGUAAUAAAACGACUCGAAGACGCCUUAACGGACAACGACACAGUCUUGGCGGUUAUCGCAUCUGGUGCUACGAAUCACUCGGCAGAGAGCGUUUCGAUUACUCAACCACAUGCCGGUGUGCAGAAAGAAAACUACCGCCAAGUACUCGACCGGGCAGGGGUAAGCCCUCUGGACGUCAAUUUUGUCGAACUGCACGGCACAGGAACCCAGGUUGGGGACGCGGUCGAGUCAGAGUCAGUGCUCAACUUCUUCGCGCCAUUAGGCCGACGACAGCGUUCCAAACAGCGCCUGCACUUGGGUGCCGUCAAGUCUAAUAUUGGACAUGGAGAAGCUGCUGCAGGGAUCGCAUCCUUGAUCAAGGUGCUGUUAAUGUACCGCCACGGCACGAUUCCGCGUCACGUCGGCAUAAAGACGACCAUGAAUCCUGUCGUGGCCCAGCAUCUGGCCAAUCGUAAUGCUGGUGUCCUCUCCGAAAACAGCCCUUGGCUUCCAAUGUCUAAUGGCUUGAAGCGCUACUCCAUUGUAAACAGCUUUGGUGCUCACGGCGGCAACACGACGCUACUGCUCGAAGAUGCGCCAUUGCCACGCAUCAAAGAAGACGAUGAUACCUCGCGUCCGAGGACGGCAACCUGUCAAGUGGUAUGCAUCUCAGCCAAAAGCAAAGCCUCGCUCCGGGGCAAUGUCGGUGCUUUGCUCCGCUAUCUGGAUUCCCACCAAGCGACGGAACUCAGCGACGUCGCUUACACGACGUGUGCUCGUCGAAUACACCAUCACAUCCGCAUUGCUGCUUCUGUUUCCAGCACUGAGCAGCUUCGGCACUUCCUGCAGGCUGCUGUUGACGAUGUCGAUGUCCAUGCGAGACAUGUUUCCACAGCUACGCAGAGGGCUGUCGUGUUUGCUUUCUCAGGCCAAGGCUGUUUUUACCAAGGUGCCGCAGCGCAGUUGUUCGAACAAGCACCUUUCUUCCGCAACCGGGUCCUCGAGCUCGAUCGCGUCGUUCGCCAACUGGGGCUCCCCUCAGUGCUUGCUGCUAUAGUUGGCGAUGCAGCAAAUGUUGAUGUUGUAAGCCCUUCGCCCAAGGGCUCGAGCACUGACGGCGACACAAGCUUUGAGGCUGUAGUCUCAAUAGAUAGCGCCAGCUCAGACUCUUCUGACGCCCCAGGCAAGAGCCCGAUCGUCACUCAACUCGCCCUGGUUGCCCUUCAAAUCGCUUUGACACAGUAUUGGAGACUGCUUGGCAUUACACCCAGCGUCGUUAUCGGACAUAGCCUAGGAGAAUAUGCCGCAUUGGUUGCAGCUGACGUCUUGUCCGUGGCAGAUGCCUUAUUCCUGGUAGGCGAGCGAGCCAAACUCAUGAUGGCCACCUGCGAGCCUGGGAGUCAUGUCAUGAUGUCUGUUCGUGGUGCCUCGGACGAGGCUAUCGCCGAAUUGUGCCGAACGGCUGGAGAGGAGUACAAUUAUGAGGUCUCGUGUCUCAACGGGCGUGCCGAUACCGUCGUCAGCGGCCUUCGAGCAGAUAUAGUCUCUCUACGUGACAUGCUGCAGGGUGCUGGACUCAAGUGCAUCCUACUCGAGGUGCCCUUCGCUUUCCACUCUGCACAAUUGGAGCCUAUCCUCGGGGACUUUGAAAAUGUUGCUCGGCGUGUCAUAUUCAAGGCCCCCGCGAUCCCAGUCGUCUCCCCGCUCCUCGGGAAGUGCGUUUCCAAGAAUCAGAUCAUCAACGAGACGUAUCUGCAGCGCGCCACGCGCGAGCCUGUAGAUUUUGUCACCGCGCUAGACAGCGCCGUGGCAGAAGGCGUAGUAGAUGAAAAGGCUGCUUGGAUCGACAUAGGUCCCCAUCCCGUUUGCACUUCUUUCGCGCGUAAUCACUUUGAAAGAGGAGCGACGCAGACUUUUGCGUCAAUGCGGAAAGAUGACGAUCACUUGUCUACCUUGACCACAAGUCUAGCGGCAUUGCACUGUCUGGGCCUGCCUGUUCAGUGGAAUGAAUACUUCUCUCCGCAGGAGAAAUCUCAUCGCCUGCUUCACCUCGACCCAUACCAUUGGAACCAGAAGAACUACUGGAUUCCGUACGAGGGAACGUGGACGCUGGACAAGGCCCAUCCUGGACGCAAGACCAACGACAGCAGUACAGCAACUCCGCCUUUCUUCACCUCGUCUGUCCAACAAAUCAUUUUUGAGGAAUUCGGCGAGUCUGUGGGACGGAUGACAGCCAUCUCCAACUUGGCCCACCCCGAUCUGCUUGGAGCAGCGGACGGACAUAGAAUUAAUGGGAGGAGUGUAGUGACUGGAAGUGUCUGGGCAGAUAUCACCCUCACUGUUGGUGAGUACUUGUAUAAACGCAUGGUACCCAACGCUGGCAGGUUGUACAUGGACGUCAGGAACAUGGAGGUGGUCGAGGCACAGGUGGUGCACGAUGAGGAAUCCCGCGCAUCAUUGCCGGCGCAAUUCAUCCAAGUCGAAGGAGCCUUGGACAUGUCAUACAGGAAAGCUCGAGUAAGCAUAUACGCAGCAAACGCAGAUGGGACUCGCAAGGCCGAAAGAGCAUUUGCCACAGCCGUGGUUUGCUACGAGGACGCGCAGAUGUGGCAAGCUGAGUGGCAGAUUGCUUCACAUCUUGUCUCUGCGCGUGCCGAUUUGCUGUGGAAAGCGGCAGCGGGAGGGCAUGGUGGCAGCAUCGACAACAGCAGGGUGAGCAUCCUUUCGCAAAGUGCCGUGUACCAGCUCUUCGCAAACGUGGUGGAAUACGGAGCCCGGUACCGCGGGAUGCAGCGCUUAGCACUGGAUGAAGACGCGCAGGAAGCAACCGCUGACAUAUUGCUGAACGCCGAUCGUCACGGCACUUGGCAUACGCCUCCUCACUGGAUCGACAGCGCCUUCCAGCUGGCCGGUAUCGUCAUGAAUGCCUUCGGAGUGCAAGGCGACAAGGAAACAACAGGGUCGUCUCGCGACUUCUUCUAUAUCACGCCCGGGUGGCGUCACUUACGGCUGGCGGGGCCGCUUGAGCCGGACAUCAGCUACCGUAACUACGUCCGCAUGUUUCCUGUCGAAGGGGAACCUGGCGCGUUCGCAGGCGACAUAUAUGUGCUCCACGGCGAAAAGGUUGUGGGCGUGUGUGCGGGUAUCAAGUUCAAGCGGGUUCCGCGCGCCUUGAUGCCCGUCAUGUUUCCUCGCCGUCAGGCACACGGCACGAACCGCAACGUCAGCAAGUCUGACAACUCCAAGCCGCCUAACUAUGCCACAGUCCCGUCGCGACGCCAAGAUGAGAUUACUGUAGUGCAAUCGGUAGAGCCCGCUGCAUCGCCGCCAGCAGUCGCCCAGAAAGAGCACACAGAGGGUGCAAAUAAACAAAAUCAAAAUCCUCGCGUGGCCGCCUGCCUCCAGCUCAUUGCAGAUGAAACAGGGCUGGAUUUGGAAGACGUGUCCAGAGGUGAGGCUGCCUUUGCCGAAAUGGGCGUGGAUUCAUUGAUGUCGCUCGUGCUGUCUGAGAAGAUCCAUUCAGAGCUGGGUAUUGAUGUCAAGGCGUCCAUUUUCAUUGAAUGUGCAACUAUCCAGGAGUUGAUCGAUUGGUUGAGCAACUAAAGUCGUUGGGCGCACGGGAGUUGGAUCCUAUGCCCCUUCUUGGUAUAUGAUCUUCAAUGACGUGACUGGGGUGAGUUCGUUGUCGGUUUGCCACUCUUUUGUGGAUAUUAGGAUCGCUCUGGUUACACCAACUACUGAUUCACUCUUUUCUUCUUUUCUUCUUUAGAGUUAGCUACAAUAUAACGUGAAUGUACACCGAGCUGGCCACCCUUACAUAACCUCGCAUAGAAAUUUUACGAUAGUAAAACCACAACGCGGU